GGCGCGUCAAAGCUUGAAACUUUCACGUGUUCAUGCUUCAACCUCGUCCCUUAACGACUUCUUGAAUUCUUUGAAAAUUGCUGUAUCUUCUUCCAUUCUCCUGAAAAACGUGGAGGAAAGGAUCUGCAUUUGCUUCGAGCUCAACGUCGUUGAGGUUUUGAGAUGGAAGAAGGGAACCCUAGUUUCACAGUGGAUGAAGCACUUGUGGGGAUUGGAUUUGGCAAGUUUCAACUCUACGUUCUUGCUUACGCUGGAAUGGCUUGGGUUGCUGAGGCUAUGGAGAUGAUGCUCCUCUCUUUCGUUGGACCUGCUGUUCAGUCGCUGUGGAACCUCUCUGCACGUGAGGAGAGCUUGAUAACUAGCGUCGUUUUUGCUGGUAUGCUCAUUGGAGCUUACUCUUGGGGCAUUGUUGCUGACAAACAUGGCCGCAGGAAAGGGUUUAUCAUAACUGCGGUGGUGACUUUCCUAGCUGGCUUCUUGAGCUCAUUUGCACCAAACUACAUGUCCCUGAUCGUUCUCCGCUGUCUUGUUGGUCUCGGAUUGGGAGGAGGUCCUGUUCUCGUCUCCUGGUAUCUCGAAUUCAUCCCUGCGCCACACCGAGGGACUUGGAUGAUUGUUUUCUCAGCUUUCUGGACCGUUGGAACCAUCUUCGAGGCUUCCCUCGCUUGGCUAAUCAUGCCAAGCUUGGGCUGGAGGUGGCUGCUCGCACUCUCUUCCGUACCUUCAUCGCUGCUUCUUGUCUUCUAUAGGUGGACGCCUGAGUCUCCUCGUUACUUAAUCCUUCAAGGCCGUAAAGCUGAAGCUCAAUCUAUACUCCAGAAGAUUGCGAGAAUGAACGGAACUCAACUACCUAAAGGUGUUCUCCGCUCAGAGAUCGAAGAGAAGAAUAAAAGCCUUCCAACAGAAAACACUCAUCUCCUCAAGCCUGAAGAAGAAUCUAAGAUAGUAGCUGACAACAAUGGACCAGGCUUUUUUUUGCUUACCCUUCUAUCUCCGGAGCUAAUCAAACGUACUCUGCUACUAUGGGUUGUAUUCUUCGGAAACGCGUUUGCUUACUACGGCGUUGUCCUUCUCACCACCGAGCUGAACAAUUCCCAAAACAGUUGCCAUCCAACAGGAGAAGUGUUGCAACAUUCUUCAAACGAUGUUAACUACAAAGACGUUUUCAUCGCCAGUUUUGCAGAGUUUCCAGGGCUACUAAUAUCAGCAGCAACGGUGGACAGGCUUGGACGCAAAGUGACAAUGUCAUCAACAUUGUUCCUCUGUUGCAUCUUCCUUCUUCCUCUGUUAACUCACCAACCACCAGCCCUAACCACAGCUCUCCUCUUCGGCGGCCGUGUCUGCGUCUCGGCAGCUUUCGCGGUGGUUUACAUCUACGCACCUGAGAUAUAUCCCACGGCGGUAAGAACGACCGGAGUAGGAGUGGCUAGCUCGGUGGGAAGAAUCGGUGGAGUGCUAUGUCCACUGGUAGCCGUGGGGUUGGUUCACGGAUGCCAUCAGACAGUGGCUGUUCUUCUCUUCGAGGUAGUGAUGUUUGUCUCAGGAAUCUGCGUUUGUCUCUUCCCAUUCGAGACCAGUGGCCGUGAGCUGACAGAUACAAUCUCUACAUCCAAGAAGCCACCUUCAUCUUCCUCUGUAUAGCCGAUUCUUUUUAAACCAUUUGUAAAUGUUUAGUUGUUGAAGGAGAACAGAGCAAGAAAACAGAGUAAUUGUAAUAGAAAGUUUACACAUGACAGCUUUAUAGAAAUGCAGAAG